AGGGCAGCAGUACCCCAGAGCCCUGUGAGGAGGGCACUUACAGCCCCAGACUGGCCCUGCGCCAGGGCUCAGAGUGCACCCCCUGUGGUGGAGGCAGGUACUGCACUGGCGUGGCUCAGACUGAACCCACAGGUCUGUGCAAAGAGGGAUUCUACUGUAAGGAAAGAGCCCGAUCUGCAACUCCUGCCGAUGGGCAGACAGGAGGACUGUGCCCGGUGGGCAGUUUCUGCCCUGCUGGAUCGGCUGCCCCCUCUCCGUGCCCUACUGGCACCUUCAGCAACAGCACAGGCCUGCAAAGCCCCGGGCAGUGUGCAGUCUGCCCUCCCGGCACGCACUGCUCCGGGUCCAAUAACACCUCCCCUGCUGGCCCCUGUGCACCUGGGUACUUCUGCACGGGUGGGUCCUCCUCUUCUUACCAGCACGAGGCACAGGAGGGGCACUACACACUGUUGGGGGCCGUCAGAGCUGAGCCCUGCCCUCUGGGCACCUUCCAGCCAGACAGGGCGCAGUCCACCUGUCUGCCUUGCUUGCAAGGACACUUCUGUAAUCAGACUGGCGCAGUCCAGCCGACGCAGUGUCCCCCAGGACACUACUGCCCUCCUGGGGCUGUCCUGCCCUCCUCCUGUCCAGUGGGGUCCUAUUCUGCCCAGGGUGGGGCUGAGGAUGUCGGACACUGCAGCCCAUGUGACCCAGGGAUGUUCUGCGGCUCCUCUGGGCUGUCUGCUCCACAGGGGGUUUGUGCCCCUGGCUUCUACUGUGCUGGCGGGGCCACCACAGCCACCCCGGCACCCCCGGGCACACCCCUGUCCUCCUGGCACAUGGAGCAACGCGGUGGGAGCGCACAAUGAGAGCUCCUGCUGGCCGUGCCCUGCGGGGUUCUUCUGCAAUGGCACAGGCCUCAGGCAGGCCACAGGGCUGUGUGCCCCAGGGUUUUAUUGCCUGCGGGGUGCAACGUCGCCAAUGCCCCUGGACGGUGUCACGGGUGACAAGUGCCCCCCAGGGUACCACUGUCCCCAAGGCACAGCUGUGCCGCAGCCCUGCCAGGAUGGGACUUUCUCCAACACUACAGGAAUCAACUUCAGGAACCCCGAUGGGAACAUCAGCACGGGCGUGGGGGGGCCCUGUCCUCAAGGGCACUUCUGCCCUGCUGGCACCAGCCUGCCCCUGCCCUGUCCGCUGGGGUCCUUCUCUGACAGGUCAGGCUGA